UACGACUGAAGAAAGCCAGUCUUUGAUGCCUGUCAGUGAAGGACGUUCCUCACCUGAGAGAAGCUCGUGAAUGAAGGGAAUCGGUCAUUUAAGAAAAUUCGUUACAGAAGGAAACUUCUCAAUAAAGAAAAGUUUUAAGGAAGUUUGUCACUAUAGAGCGUUCAUCAGUGAAUUAAGUUGCUCAUUAAUGAAAGCUAGGUACAAAUGGAAUCUCAUUAAAGUUCACUGAUGAAGGAAACUCAUCGUCGAGAGGGCAUUGUCACUAAAUGAACUCAUUGAGAGUAUUCAUUAGUGAUGAAUAGGGUUUACAUGUCAGCCUCACAUGAUAGUGAAGACUGGACAAUAACUGUCAGCAUAAGCUAAUAGUGAUGGCAAUGUUUCAUGAGCUAGUAUUUAUUUUAGUUUCUUAGCAAACACCAUCAUCGGUAUGAUCAUUAGCAAGAAGAGGAGCUCCACGAGCAGAGUUAUCUACAGGAACACCAGCAGCUUUGACAGCAGCUGAUUCUGAGAAACAUUAACAUAUUCUGAUACAUUGGCUAUAAUCAGGAGCUAUAUCGGUAACAGAAUAUUACAAGAUUCUUUCUCUAAUUCGCCAUGGCGACAAUAACGGAGGAAGAAAGAAAUGGAUUUAGAUUCAUCAAAGCUUUGAAUGUCUGUGGUACAUACACCCUGUAUAAAACAUUUGUUUGGGGAACUCCAGGUAAACUCCCUAGUACAAAGGUGGAUGUAUACUUAGAGAGUUUGACAUCUCCUCCAUCAACAGCAUUCUACCUAAAAGCCAACAGAAAUCAAAAACGGUUUGGCAAAGUACAAAUGGAGACGAUUCGUAAUAGUAAAGAUGAAUCGGAAUUUGACACGUCACUGCUGUAUAUGAUUAUCAAACUUGGCUGUGAGAAAGUGGCAACUAUUAAUGACGACAAAUGGAUUAUUAAAAGUUCUGAAAUGGAAUACUUCAUCACAGCUAUAAAGGACAUGAGAAACGACAUUCUUCACGGUCCACUUGAAACUGAUGAUACGACGCUCCAGGAUAACACAAAAACAUUAGAAGAUCUUCUAAUUAACUGUCUACAGACUGCUGGUGUCCGAUAUAAUAUAGACAAGACAGAAGUGGACAAAGAGAUAGAUUAUGUCACAGAUAAGCUGAAAAAAAUUAUGAAUGAGAUUCCUGGAAACAAAGAUUUAUUGAAACACUGUAGUGACAAACUUAAGAAGCUUAUGCUACAUGACACCCAGGAAAAACUGAGGGAGCAGUUUAAAAAAAUAACUUACAUCAACCCACUGUCUCUUAUUUGUAAAGAUCUGCAACUUGAAGUAAAAGAAAUUUUUGUUGAUGUCAAUCUCAAACAAGAAAAUGACGAUGAACAAGUUGACUAUCAUGACCUGCUUGUCCAGAAGACUGCCACUCAACAUGGUUCCUCUGCAAAACCUCAGAUAAUUUUGCUUGAAGGUUUGGCAGGAAGUGGGAAGACAACUCUAAUGAAGCUUGUAGCACAGGAAUGGAAAUCAGGUGCUCAAAAAAAGAUCAAAGGUUUAGAUGAUUAUGAACUUGUGUUUUGGUUACAGUGUAAGGACUCAACCAUGGUAUCCUACCAUGAUAUCCUGAACCGGAAAAUGCCAGGUGUCUCAGCAAAAUUCAGAAAUCUCUUGCCAGGACUAAUAGAACUUUGUGAAGUUCUAAUUAUCAUUGAUGGCGUGGAUGAACUUAAUGACGACUCUCAAAAAUUAGUCAACAGUGUCUUAGAUGAAUUUAAAAAGUUUACUAACAAGACUAUCAUUUUCACUUCAAGACCAGAAAAACUUGAGACAUUCAAGAAAGAUAUUCCUACUGAAUAUGACGUAACAACUGUUAAACUAGAGGGAAUAAAUGAUAGCGAAGUGGCAAAGUUCAUUCAGCUAACACACCAGGAGAUGGUAAAGCAAACGCGAGGUAAUCGCAGCACACAAAAACUGAUAAAUCAGGUGUUGGAGGCAAAAUAUAUUCAGAAAUACUUGGCUACACCAAUGAAUUUGACAUAUUUAAUUUACAUCUGGGACCAGACACCUGAUGAACUGAACCUAAUGACUAUCACUCAAACAGAACUUUAUGAUUAUAUUCAUCAACUGCAUCAGUCUAAGUUACUAGAGAGAUUGGCAAACUCUCCUGGUACCACAAUCAUGAAUUUAAGAGAGCUUAAGAGUAGACUUCAAAUAAUUUUGAAAGAGUUGUAUUUGAUAUCACUUAAAAUCCUCUCACUUGAGACUUUGACCGUUGAUGAAGAAAUGAAAAACAGCCUGAAAUCUGUUUGCAAAAAUCAAAGUUUGUCUUAUGAUGAAAUUUUUUCAGCGUUUUUGUAUUUUGAGAAGCCAUACCCAUCAUAUUAUAAGGAAAUUUUGGAUUACUUCGGUGCUCUGUAUAUUGUGAUGACAAUCAAAGACCAGCAUCAGCCUUCAUUCACUGACUCCUUUAGGCAAUGUUCAAAUCCAAAUAUGUCUUCAAAUCUUCCUACUACAACUUCAUCAACAGCGUCUACAUCAGCACCAGCAACACCUACAUCAUCACCACCUGUCGGGAUCCGAGGAGUGUUGCAACAGGCAACCAAAAAAGAUAAUUCAAACUUGACCAAGUACCGGAAUGUUUUUAUGCAUGUGGCUAGGAUGCUAUUUAACUACCAAUAUGAGUUAUCUGAGGCCAUUAAGGAAGUUGUCGACCUGUUGCAUGAGUUGGGGAUGGACGAUGACCAGUGGCUCGACCUCUUAGGGAACAUCAAAACGAAUCCAAAUUCCAUCAAAGUUAUAGCUGGCUUCUUAAAUCCUAGAGGAAAUAUAUGCAUAAGAGAUAAUCGUGUUGGGAGUUACGCAGCUCUUCUACCACAUAUAGUUCCAUCGCAGCUGCACAUUGACAUCAAAGGUGAUCCUGACGGCCUCCCUCGACUGUUAGACCUGUUGGGUAACCUCAACAACCACCGCUGUUUGGAGUUGAAACUAAGACAUCACUUCCUCCAUGCAAACACCUCUUCGACCUCCGACAAAAUCCUACAACAUCUGGAAAAUAAUACUUUAUCCCGGUACAGGAAUGAUCUGGUGGAGUUCAUGGGUCAUCUGAGCAGCGAUGGAAUGACAAUGCUUCCUCCCAGUCUAACAAGUCUUCACCUGGCUAUAGUGAGUGAUGACCACGCUCAAAGCCUCCUGCCUAUAGAUUCAAAAUUGUCUCAACUAAACAUUCUCAGUGUAUACGUAUCUGCAGAAGUGUCCCCGGAUAAGUUGGAGCCAUUACCCAAUUUACCCAAGGUAGAGCUGGGACUGAACGAUGUGGACGAUGCUGGACUGGGUCGCGCUUGUGAUGUAGCCGGGAAGCUACAACCCCAAGACAGGUAAGUUCCGUAAGUUGCCUUGUUGUAUAACUACGCCACUUAACGAAGCUCAAGUAAUCUGUAAUUGACAUUAUAUCUUACAGAUAUAUUUGUAGACGAACCCUUCAAAAAAUCCACCAUACACAAACAUGCUACAUGCUCUCCAGACCUGUUGCUGGCUACAGUCCAGAGUAUGGUGAUAAUGUGAGAAUUG